UGAGCAUUGUGUUUUUGAUUAUCUCAUACUGAAACUAUACAGGGAGUAUGUCUUCUGGUGGAACCCGCCUUGGACUAACAUGACAAUGAUAUGUAUCCCAAUUCACCAAUCCAACGCCUUAAUCUCAUAAGUAGUGACACCGUUAUUUGAUGCGACAAAUCUCGUUCCAUCCUGCGACAAUCCUGCUGGAAUCCGUUCACGAAGUCUGCACUCAAGAGAGGAACCAACUGCAACCCGUGCGACGGUACAACUACUCUGCUUUUGCCAGGGUCGGAAAAGUGCAUGGUGGUGUGAUAAAUGAGUGAGCGGACGACAAGUCUGGGGGACCACACGCUGGGCCCACGUGCGCUUCAACUGCAAGGAAGAGUCUGGUAUCUAGCACAUCAUAGUCGACGAAACGAACCCCCACGACCAGGCUGGUGACAUUGAAAAGUGAAUUGAGAGGCCGGAUUGGUGAAUCACGACGUUCUUCCGUUUCCAACCGGUGUAAUAAAUCCGAUUACAUCCCUACUUUGUUCUGUAUAGGCCGGUGUCUGCGGUCGAAGCCGAUGAUGAGGGGCCGUGAAAGGGCCUUGCAGUGAUUGCUGAAAAGUCCAGAACAAGGAUCCCUGUGAUGUGGGACCCAUGAGAAGUACGAACUCUAACAGAUGACGACCAAGGCUCCAGAGGUGAUGGGUGGAUUCAACAGAUGGACGGAAAGUUCUGAUUGCCAUGUACUAACCUCCACGCAUUUCCACGACCGUCAUAGGUCGGCACUAAAGGAAGGAUACUACAUAAGCAGGGGCUCGAAUCCAGCAGAUCUAGUUUCUUGGAGUAGCUUUUCACGUCGCGUGUGAAUUUCGAGACGUGAGUCAGAUAGACUGCUUCUUGUGCUAUCACCAGAUGAUUGAUCGUGUUCGCAUUUCAAGGUGCACUUUAAGUCUCUACAUCACAAACUAGUGCUGUUUGUUACAUACGCACUUCCACUCACUCAGAUCCAGGGGAAUUGAGGAUCUUUACCGAAAUAUUGGCAAUCUGUGAAGGGGAAGAUCAAUGGCUCGACAAUCGACUCUUGGGUCUGUUCUGGUUCUUACUCUCUGUCUCGCUGCCACGGUUGCCAGCGAGACCGACCUAGUCAUUCGGUUGGAUGACAGACAGAGCGACGGAGAAAAAGAAUGUGCCGUUUUUCUCCUGAAAGCAAGGUUGGGUGAUUCUGAUACAGAAGUUCCUCAUCAGUGCCAGGAUAUGGUUAGAUCUUAUUUAGAAGAAGAGGGGGAAAAGCUUAAUGUUAAAAAGGAGUGCUCUAGCUUUCUUCUAAACGGUGAGCUAAACAACAUUCAAGGAUGGAUGCCCCCACCUGAAUGCGAAGAUUACAUCGCUUCCUACAUGGAGGACGGACAAUAUGAGACUGACGUCCGUGUAGCUCUAUCUGCUGCUCGCUCUUAUCUUCAAUCCAUCUUUCCUACUGAAGGCGUCGAUGCGGUGGUCUUUGAUAUUGAUGAGACGUGUUUGUCAAAUCUGCCAUACUACCGCGUCCAUCAAUACGGGGUUGAAAAAUUUCAAAAGGCCGUCUUCAACGAAUAUGUAGCUCAGAGUAAACAGCCAGUCAUGAAGGCAGCUCUGGCGCUGUACCAAGAACUUCUGCAGAACAAUUGGGCCAUUAUUUUCAUCACUGGAAGAGACGAGGAAGCGCGUUCUUACACUUCCAAGAAUCUCCGGGAUGCCGGCUACGAAAGUUGGGCUGAGCUCAUUUUAAGACAACCAGAGGAGGAACAUGACAGUGCAGUAUUGUACAAGUCAAAUCGUCGAGCUGCAUUGGAGAAGAAGGGUUAUCGCAUCAGAGCAUCAAUAGGUGAUCAGUGGAGUGAUCUUGAAGGCCUUUCUCCUGGGAUGAGAAGCUUCAAGUUACCCAAUCCAAUGUACUAUAUCUUUUAGAUUCACUGCAUGACUAGGUCCUCUAACCCGAGCAAAGUCGCGGUAAGUGCCUGGUUUGAGUUAUAACAUGCGUAGCUUAGACCAACCAGCCAAAGCUUGCCCUAAGUACCCCAUCUGUCACUCGUACCUGCUUAAAUCCUUAUUCAUUUCAAAUUAAUUUUUUAGUAGAAUUUAUUCUUCAUAAGGAUUGUAGGAGAAGAUGCGGUUAUCGGUAGAGUUGAAACAGGAGACACGCUAUUGUUGCGAGCGCUACAUGCUCUUUUCGAUGGCUAGAGUCCUGUAGUGUUUCGAUCACGAAGAAAUUGGGCAUGCCUACUCACUGUGAGUAUUGUCGAGGAAACCCCAAUUGUGGUGCUCCCCUAACGCAUAUGUAGGUGUCUUAACAUCGCCCGAAUGUAGAGUUUAUUUGUAUAUAUUUAGCUGUAGAGACCACGAAAAAUUCGGCGUGCCAACUCACUAUGAGUAUUGUCGAGGAAACCUCAUUUCUUGUGAUCUUUUAAAUCGCCUCUGUAGGUGUCUUCAAAUCGCUGAAGUGUAGAGUUUAUUUGUGAAUAUGUAGCUGUAGUCUAGACUAGGAAGAGGCCGUGUUACUUGGCUGUUUCCCACUUCACCAAGUUGCUGCAGAAGGAAGGACCAGAUGUGACCUGGUUCGUUUUCCACAAUCCUGCAGCUGACAUAAGCAUUCGUUUAUCACAAAAGCUGGAUACAAUUGUACCAAUCUUCUUACAAUAUGGGAAGACUGGCGAUUUCUUUGUGAAGCUGUGAUGGAAUAAAAUUUCUGAAUAUUACUUAU